UGUCUUCUUUCUUGUUUAGAGUGUUUAUGGUUGUUUGUUGUUUAUUCGUUUGAGGUUAUUUUUUUCCAUUUUUGGUAGUGCAUUUGCUGUGUUUUUAGUAUAAUUAUUUUUCUUUGUUUAAUUUUUAAUAGAUUAGAAUAUUUAUAGGAUAAAUUAAUUGUAGAUUUGUUUUUAAUUCAAUCUUAGCUUUUAUUUUUAUAGAUAGGUUAGGUUAGCAUUUAAUUUUUGUAUUUAUAUUUCAUUUUAUAAAAACAUGAACAAAAACGUCAGGCUGCGCUUUACAUCUAACGACGAAAUUGUCCUAUUACGGGAGGUAUUGGCACAAAAUCCGUUUGAGGACCCAAAGAAAUGGACCACUAUUAAGGACAAUAUUGUCAAUGUAACAAAUAAAUCAUUUUCACUAAGAACCUUAAAAAAUCAUUUUGAUGUUCUGCUAUUAAACUGGCUGAGAAAAGACAAGGCUAAUAGAAAUAAAUCUGGAAUUGAAGAAACCUACACGGAAGCUGAUGUACUUUUGCAGGAGCUGUAUGACCUCUCCCAAGUGUGCAAUAGGCAAAAAAUAUCGACCAGUAGUAUUGAGGAUGGGAAAGCAAUCCGAGAGUUAGCUGUGACUGCUCAAAUAGAGAAUAAGGAAAAUAAUGAGGUCAUUGAAAGAGACCAUGAUUAUUGGACCAUGGAUGAUGAUAUUGCUGCAGAAGUGGAGGUCAGACAAGACAAGUCUCUAAUAUUGGACCUGGAUGUUUCUGCAGAUAUCAUAAAAGUAUUAAAUACAUCAACACCUUCUCAGGCAACAGCUGUUAAAACCGAUGCAAGAAAUACUUUAACAAGAAGGAACAUUUUAGUGCCAAAAAAAACCAGAAGGACUGAUAAACCUGUUAAAGGAAAUGCCUUAGAUUUUUUAAAUAAAAAAGGAGCUGCAGAUAAUGAGAUUAAAUUAAGAGAAUUAGAAUUGGAAGAAAGGAAACUUAAACUGGAAGAGUAUAAAUUAAAAUUAGAGGAAAGGAAAAUUAAGAUACAAGAAGAACAGUUGCAAUUUGAUUUUGUAGAAAAGAGAAGAAAGUUGGAAAUGGAAGGCGAAAAACACCAAGUAGAAGUAGACGAACGCAAGCAAAUGCAUGAGGUUAUAAGGAUGCAGAAUAAUUUAUUACAAAAUCUAUUGCUAGAAAUAAAAAAAAAAAUGAAUAAACUUGCUGAUUUUAAAGAUUAUUUUAAAUUUUUUAUGUAG